AUGAUGAAUAAUGAUGAUGAUGAUAUUGAUGGGGUAAGGAAGAUGAUAGAUGAGGCUGUUAUGUUAACAUCAUCAGCACAGAGGGAUGUUACUCAGUUUAAAGAAUAUGUUUCUAAUGCUCCUACACCACAGGAUGCUAUGAAUAGACAACAAAUGUUGAAUAAGUUUACUAACAAUGUAUCAAAUGUUGCUAAACAAUUAGAAGAUGUUAUAAAGAGAUAUGCUAAUAUUAAGAAGAAUACUACUGGUAAGAAUGACUGGAUACAAUACGGGAAGGAUGAAGUCAUCAUCAUCAUCAUCGACAUCAUCAGUUAA